AAGCUUCCAUCUCAGGGAGCCUCCGGCAUGGCCGGGGGAGCGGGGCCUGGCGGGACAAGGCCUCUCGGCCGAGGGAGGGACCGACGUUGUGAAUGGCAAAGCUGUGCUUAAACGGGAUUGUAAACCGGGCCUACCGCGGUAUUUCUUUCUAGGUGUUAAAUUACUCGUACCUACUGAAUAGGUUCAAAAUGCUAUCUAAUCGAGUUGGAGUUCUGUUUAACUUGGUUUCAGCAUAAUGUAAAUUUCAGGACUUUUUUAGGCGAUGUUCAAGGUUUAAAUCUAAAUGUACAGAUCUGUGUUAUCGUUACCACUGCACUCAAUGUCAUGUGUGAGUUUCCCUCCACUUAAUUUUUUCCUUCUAAAUAGGACCGAAUUAGCUCUCAUAACAUCCUGAUUAUGCAGAUCGUCCCAUCAAGGUCAGUGAUGCUCCUGGAUGUUUCUCAUCACUGAGAAUUCUCACUUCCUAAUUAUGUGGGUCCUGUAAGGUGUCAAGAGCCUUUCUGUUGUCAUUCUCUGCCUUUGACAUCCCCAGUUCUCACAGAAGAGCCAGGUCAGACCUGUACCACAGCUGCAUCUAAAGCACAUUUCCAAGUGCUGCCCGUGGUGUUGGGAUAGCUGGGCUCCAGCAAAGAGUCUGCCCAUCAUAUCCUCCACUAAGAGAUGCUUCAUGUAAUCAAACCCUCCAUCAUAUUGUCAGCUGCACACCCAGCUGUCAGUCUUCAAAAUUUGGUAGUUUUCUUUACUUGGACUUUAAGAUCUCUCAAAAGUACACUUGGAUUUUCUUGAGUUUUCAUCCAAAAAAGCUUCUAAAAUUGACGGGCUUUGCAGUCCUGUCUAAUCUUGCAGUAACAUCUGUUAAGUCAGAGAAAGGCAGCAGAACAUCCCAUGCUGAGUUUUCUGCCUCUGCUUUUUACAGUUGUUACAAAGUGGUCCUGAACACUCGUGAAACUGAAAAUAUUUUCAAGUGAGCAACCUUAAAUUGAGUAGCCUCAUGUAAUACAUCUCCAGUAGCUUCCCAUUUCCUCCAGAGACAGGUGAUAGCACCUUCUCUGAGUAUCUGAUAACCUGAUACCUCUCACAGUGUUGAAUUUCUUUUUUCCUUUCAGGCCCAAGUUUCCAGUCUGUUUCUUUGGUUUCUGCUUUCUCCAGUUUGCUAUCGAGAGAGCCUCCUUCUUGCAGUGUUUGUAGCAUUGAUUUUUAGAACUGGUUUUCAAAAAACAUUCUCAUAGAUGUUGAAACUUCAUUUCAGAUCAUGACUCUUCACUUCAGCCACAGACUUGUACUUGAGAAUACUGGAAGUGUUUUCAAAAUACUGGAAAAGCUUCAGGCAGGACAUAGUAAUUGUUCUGUAAUCCUCUGCACCUGCCAGUUAGUUUGGGUUUGUUUCUGCGACGAGCAGAACAAGGCUAUCUAAACUUCCUCUGAUUUUUUUGUCCCCUUAGCAAUUGACUCUUCAGUGCCACUGCUGAGCUUCACCUCUUCCCUAAGGAAGGGGAGGGUGGGGGUCUUGGUUCCACCCUGCCAGUAACUGGCUUUCAUGAGACCCUUUAGUGUUCUGAGCAGAACUGAGCCUGUGAAAAGCAAAUUAAAAAUCCUAUUUUAGACCCUUUUAUUUUUGGCUAGUUCAGCUGAAGGAACUGGGCUGCCUUGGGUCACACAAGUGUCAGCCCCAACACAAAACAGGGAUGCACUCACAGCAACUCCAAUUUUAGGCAAAAUUGGAUCUUUUCCUUAAAAGAAAUCCUACUGCUAUCCUUUAAAUCAAAUCCAUUCAAACUUCAGACCCAGACUGAACAAAAUAGUAGAUCUGUUGAACCGUGUAUCAGAAAACACAGAUGUAAAUUGUAGGAUAAUUUUAUCGGUGCACAACAUGGUUAUCCCCUCACUCCCAGGCAGCAAGUCACCUCCUCACCAGCUGAAACAGCAACUUCUACUUCCCUCCUACCGGUUCCAAAGCUUAUGUUGUUGCUGACAGUGAAGGCCUUCCUCUCACAGCUGUUUAAAUGAGAAUGUCCCUGGCGCAAAGAGUACUGCUGACAUGGCUUUUUACGUUACUCUUCCUCAUCAUGCUGGUGCUGAAGUUGGAUGAGAAAGCACCAUGGAACUGGUUCCUCAUUUUCAUUCCAGUGUGGAUAUUCGAUACAAUUCUCCUAGUUAUGUUAAUUGUAAAAAUGGCUGGACGGUGCAAGUCUGGCUUUGACCCUCGGAACGGCUCCCAGAACAUGAAGAAGAAAGCCUGGUACCUCAUUGCAAUGCUCCUGAAAUUGGCCUUCUGCCUCGCCCUCUGCGCGAAGCUGCAGCGAUUCACCACCAUGAAACUGGCCUACGUGUUCAUCCCACUGUGGGCCCUGCUUAUUGGCGGGAUGGUGGAACUGGGAUACAAUAUCUUCUAUGUACGAAGAGACUGAGCUCUGCCAGGUGGUUUUCAGCCCAAUGAUUGGCACCAAAUUACCAGAAUAUUACCAUUUUGCCAUGAAUUUGAUCUAGAAAGCCAAAUAAGAAAUGAGUCAAGCUGGAGACUUUAUCUAAAGCAGGCUGAAGACUGGAAGUAGACUUGUUCCAUUUUUUUAUUUUAAAACUAUCACAUAUGCUCUUGUAAAUAAAAGUAUUUGUUCAACAUAA